CAUGACAGGGUGGGCGGGCGGAGCAAACUGGCGCUUUGAGUUUCCAACCCUGACCGCUGUCUUGGCUAAACUGAUCUCCCGUUGCGAACUGUAAUUACUCCAACACGCCAAGGGCCUCAAACUGGAGCCAUGUUACUCCUCUGUGUGUUCACUCAGAGCGGUUGUUAAGCCUUCACUCCCAGAUCGGAGAUGGAGGCCAUGGAGGUCGACUCCCCUUUCGAUAUAUUGGGUGAAGGCAGCAGACAGCCUGAGGUGAGUCCUGCAGCUGCAGGUCGUGGUGAGGACGCUAACGCGGUGCACGUCAUAUCAGACUCUGGUAGCAGCACAGAGGUGGAUGAAGACGAGGAUGAUGACAACAGGAGAGAUGGACAGGGAGCAACUCGGACACCUCCGAGGCUUCCUGCCACAUGGGCGUUCAGUCAGAGGGCGGUGGUGGGUGGUGCUGCAACUACACAGUCCACCGCGCGAGAAGCACCCAUGCGGAGGAGAUUAAGGCAGGGCCUCAGGGUGCACUAUCCCAGCCAGACUGCAGCUCCCUCCAGAGGUUUCCCAGACUUCCUACUCCGAGCGCCUGCUGCCAGUGUGGCUGAACCAGAAUCUGGCAGCACCACAGAGGUCAGCGAAUCCGACGAGGAGGAUGAAGCAGUGGAGAACAGGAAUGAUGGAGGCACACAUGCAGCUGGGUUGCCUGUUGUCCCUGGUCCUCCUGCUAGUGUUUCCAGUCAUCACCUGCAGCCACAUGAAGCUGGGUCAACAGGCUCCAGUUCUGCUGCAAGUAAUGAGAGGACAGAAGCUCAAAAUCAGGACAGUCAGCCAGGUCCAGCAGUCUCAGCCUCCAUCCAGUCAUCUCAGAACGAGGAGGGCGAAGGCGACACCUGCACCAUCUGCUUUGAGGCUUGGACGACGGCGGGUGAACACAGGCUGUCUGCUCUGCGCUGUGGACAUUUAUUUGGCUUCACCUGCAUCCAGCGUUGGCUGAAAGCUCAAGGCCCUGCCGCUAAAUGUCCACAGUGCAAUAAGAAAGCGAAGCGUUCUGACAUUGUGAUGCUUUACGCUCCAAAGCUGCGCGCGCUGGACAACUCUGAGCAAGAGAUCUUAAAGAAGUCUCUGGAGCAGGAACAGUCUCUGAGGAGAAAGGCUGAACUGGAGUCGGCGGAGUACAAACUCAAACUGCAGGUUGUUACCAACAAAUACGGACAAGUGCAGCAGGAGCUUCAGGAGCUGAGAUCACUGAUGGCCCAGACUGGUAGAAGCUCAGCUGCCCCUUCUUCAUCCUCCUCCACCUCUUCCUCUGGGUCCAACCCCAUCCUCCUCAGUCUCUCUCAGAGAGCUGACGGCUCUGGGACGGGCCAAUACAGCUUCUUUAAGGCAGUUCUGGUGUCUCAGGCUGGAGGCUGCAGGGUGUUGUCGUACUGUGAAACGUUGAGUUGCCUGCUGGCCUCACAGCCUUCCCCUCACUCCACACUGGUGCCUGGUUGUGGGGUGAAGAAGGUGAGUGUGGCGACAAUGAAGGCGAGUCAGUAUGUUCCCAUCCACAGCAAACAGAUCAGAGGUCUGUCCUUCAAUCGACAAAACGACAGCCUGCUCCUGUCUGCUGCGCUGGACAACACCAUCAAACUGACGAGUCUGCUGACCAACACCGUGGUUCAGACCUAUAACACAGGUAAACCAGUGUGGAGCUGCUGCUGGUGCUUGGAUAACCAUAACUACGUCUACGCUGGUCUGAGCAACGGCUCUGUGCUCGUCUACGACACCAGAGACACCAGCACACACGUCCAAGAGCUGCAGCCACUUCGCUCUAGGUGUCCAGUGGCGUCUCUGUGCUACGUUCCCCGGGCGGCGUCCAGCUCGUUUCCCUGUGGCGGGCUGAUAGCCGGUUCUCUGGAAGGCGGGUGUUUCUGGGAGCAAGUCAGUGAGACCACGUACCGACCGCAUGUGCUGCCCCUGGAGGCGUCCGGCUGUACAGACAUCCAGGUGGAGACGGAGAGUCGACACUGUCUGGUCACAUAUCGACCAGGGCGCUCCAACCCGUUUCUGCGUUGUGUCCUGAUGGCUCUGAACCGAGCGCCUCAGCAGGACUCCAGUCAGACGCCCAGCUGCUCCUGCUCUCCCGUGCAGACGUUCAGCGCCGGCUCAUCCUGCAAACUGCUCACAAAGAACGCUGUCUUCAGGAGCCCAGAUGGAAGAGGGACGCUGGUCUGUGCUGGGGACGAGGCCACCAACUCUACCAUGGUGUGGGAUGCAGGCAGCGGCUCCUUCUUGCAGAAGCUCCCUGCCGACCUGCCGGUGUUGGACAUUAGCCCGUUCUCACUGAACGGUGAGCACUACCUGGCUUCACUGACUGAGAAGAUGCUGAAGCUCUACAGGUGGGAGUAGACGUGCAGGCUUUUGUCUGGGGUGUGUGGGUUCAACAUGCACAGUCCCACAGAGCACAUGGAGAUGACACAGACUGUGUUGGACAUAAAAUGCUGCUAAUCUUUCUAGUUUAUCACAUUCUGAACAUUGAUUACAGGGAUUCUUUAACCUGUGGCAAAAGGUUUUUUUUUUGCAUUAUCACCUUUUUUAUUUUUUAUUUUCAGUUUUUAAACCAUGCACAGACAUUAAUACGUCUGGUGCCCUGCACACAAAGCCAGUACAAGUGAACCUCACCUCAGCCUCUCUCCUGCUGGCAGCUGUGAGCUGGUGUUUCUGAUGAAUGUGUAGUUUUUAAAGGAAAUGGAUCAACUCAUCAGUGUCUUUGUAUAAAUCAUACCAUGUUUACAUUAGUGGCCGUUUUAAUGCUGCGUGGGUCUACACAUUUCUGUACAAUACAAAUUCAGGCACACAAACUUGUGAAUCGUCUAAUGCAUCGGUUUACCAGAAGAAUUACAAGUUCCAGGUCAGAAUCUGUGCCGUCGCUCGUCCACCAGAGAGCGCUGCACAAAAACUGUUCACUGUGAUGGAUAACACACAUAAGCAGAAACCAGUGGCUGCCUGUGAAGGUUGAUUUCCUUUGGUAUGUGGUUGUGAACUGGUGGCCGUUGGAUGCUGGGGUUUUGCUGGAGGACGCAGUUGGUCUUAAAACAACCGUCAGUUGCACAGAUGAACGUAGAACAUGUUUAAUGAUGUGAUUGCUGGUCUUGUUAGUACUGACAUUUUCAUGUUCAGACCCAUUGUAAAUACUCUGGGACAAGAAUCACUGUCUUUGUUUAGUGCAGAAUUACAUUAACAAGGUGAAUGUGAUGUUAAUAAGAAGCUUGUGCCUCCUGGUUAGUGGAUGUCUUCAAAUGUCGCUGCCAACGUCUCUGGUUUAUGUUCGUCCUCCCACUGCUCAGCAGAGAGACACAAAGAGAUGAUUCUGCACCGACGGUUGAUUUAAUUAACUUGGAGCGAGCGUCACAUUAGCGGCAGAGAAAGUUUCAGCAAACAGAGAAAUCCAGAGUGGCUCCAUCACAUCCAUUAACAAGAACAUUCAUGCUUUCACACAAGCAAAUACAUUUUACUGCUCAGGUUUUUCUCUCUGCAGUUUAAAGACACUUGUUCUCAAAAGUAAAGAUAGUUUUUACGUCACCACUGACCUUGUGGACUUGUUCAUUCCAGUCAGCCUGUUGUCACUUCAGCGUGUGAAGAUCCUGCUGCAGUCUUACAGUAUCGUUCUUAUUUUAAAGUCCAUAUUUCUCAGUAUAAUCAUCAGCAGCUUCAUACCUGAAACCUAGUUUAGUUAAAGACAACUCGGUGUUCAGUUUAUGUUUAUAAGCACCAGCAGUAUCUUUUUUUCAUUGUUUGUUCCGAUCAUCUUUUCCUCUGUGACCUUGGCCGUCAGAGGUCCACAGGAAAACAUCCAGCUAAUAGAAGAUGCUCAGUUUUGCCUGUUUGGGGGAUGCCUUCAAAUGAACCCAGCUGCAGGAACCAGCUACAAGCAGUCUCACUGAGUGUUUCAACAAGUUUUAAUUUCUGCCCAUGUUCAGUGUGAACAUCAUUUAUUGAUCUAUCCAUCAGCUCUUGUUUCUCCUCCUGACUCAACAGUAAGUGCCAAAGGACUCUGCUCCUGUUGUACAUUUCUUUUUCUCGUUUUUCUUAACUUCUUUGUGUGUACAUUUGCUACUGUUUGUGUACAACUUUAAAAUAAAUGUAAAAUAAAUAAACUAAAUAAAUCUGAGACCUUUUUUUAAACAC